ACUCCGAUGACGUAUUUAAAGAGUACACACGUGCAGUUUUACCACCCGUUGACCAACACGUGUAGGCCUACAUACAUGUACAUGUACAUUUCCAUCACUUGCUGCCAAUGUUGGUUGUUCUUAUGAGCUAACAUCUUUGUCAAAUAUGGGUAAAAAAACGAAGACCGGAAAACAGAGGAAGGACAGAUAUUACCAUCUAGCGAAAGAAACAGGUUAUAGAGCCAGAUCAGCCUUCAAGUUGAUCCAGCUGAACCGGAAGUUCCAGUUUCUGCAACAGUCACGGGUUCUCGUCGACUUGUGUGCUGCUCCAGGAGGAUGGCUGCAAGUUGCUGCCAGGAACAUGCCCAUGUCCAGCCUCAUUGUGGGCGUGGAUCUGUUUCCCAUCCGCCCUAUUCCACAUGUCACCACCAUCGUGGCUGAUAUCACCACUGAAAAAUGCAGACAGGCUCUGAGGAAAGAACUUCAGACGUGGAAAGCGGACUGUGUCCUUCAUGACGGUGCUCCGAAUGUGGGAACCAGCUGGGUCCUGGAUGCCUUUACACAAGCCCAGCUGACUUUGUCAGCAGUGAAGCUGGCCUCUGAGUUCCUCACAAAGGGUGGCUGGUUUGUCAGCAAGCUCUUCCGUUCCAAGGACUACCAGCCCAUCAUGUGGGUUCUCAACCAGCUCUUCAAGAAGGUCCAUGCCACCAAGCCCCAGGCCUCCCGCAGUGAGUCGGCUGAGAUCUUUGUUGUCUGCCAGGGCUACUCAGCUCCAGACAAGAUUGAUCCAAAGUUCUUUGACCCCAAGGCCAUCUUCAAUGAGGUUGCCAUGGAGACCAAGAAGAAGUUUGCCAUCCUGGCCGACCCGAACAAGCCCCACAAGCCUAAGGCAGAAGGAUACACGGAGGGCGACUACACGCAGCACACAGCAGUCAAAGUCACCGAAUUCAUAGCAUCUGAUUCCCCAGUCGAGUUGCUGAACAGCGCGAGUGAGCUGGUCUUUGAUGACGUGUCCAUCGCCAACCACAGCUUGACCACUCAGGAGCUCAAGUAUUGCUGCAGGGACAUCAAGGUGCUGGGAAGGAAGGAGAUCCGACUGCUCCUGAACUGGCAGAAGAAGCUGGCCAAGGAGGCGGCCGAGAGGGCAGAGGCCAAGAGCGAGGCAGCCCAGGAAGAGGAGGAGAAAGAGAAGGAAGAAGCAGAGGCACCAGAUGGAGAGGCUGACGAUGAAGCAGACAGUGAAGAUGAGCUGGAAGAGAUCAACAGGCAGCUACAGGAAGCCAAGGAGGAAGAGAAGACUGCCCUCAAGAGAAAAAGGAAAGACCAGCUAAAACGGCGCAAGAAGUUGCGGGAGCGUUUGCAGAAAGCCAUGGCCGUGACGACUGGACAGAAUGACACUGUGGAAGCUGCAUCACUGUUUGCCUUACAAAACAUGAAAAAUAAAAAACAACUUCAAGUCAUCAGCCAGGACGACUCGGAAAUAGUGGACAAGGUGGCCCAGGAAGAGGAGGACCACGAUUCAGAGAUUGAGGCCCUGACCAGACAGCCCUCGGACAGCGAGAGCGACUUGCCCAGUGAGCUGGACUCAGACGAGGCCCAGAUCCUGAUGGAGGAGAGGCUUGCCAAGAGGAGGAAGAAAGGAGGCGGGAGCAGCGACGAUGAGGUCGACGACAAAGAUGAUUCGGAUGUUGAUUUUGGAGCUGAGAAUGAGGAGCUUAAGAAGAAUCCCCUGAUGGUGGACCUCGACACGACAGACCACAACACCAGGUCCCAGCGACGCACCGACAUGUGGUUCAACAAGCCAAUUUUCUCUGGCCUUGAGGCAGAGGAGGAUGAGGAUUUUGAGAUCUCUCAAAUGACAGACAACUAUCGGCAACAGGGCGGCUCCAUCAUAGAGAGGCGUAAAAGAGAGAGCGGAGACGAGACCGAUGAAGAGGUAUGGAAAGUGACGCGGACCAAAUCCUCAAAGUCCAAGAGCGUCCGAUUCGACACCAGCAUUACCAGCAUCACAGACCAGGGCCAGAAGGAAGAGGAAGAACUGCCCUCGGACAGCAGCGAGGAUUCUGACUCGGGUAAUGCCCUGAACGGUGUCCCUGGCAACAGGAUGGAGCACAGCGACGACAGCGACAGUGAUUACGAUGAUGAGGUGAUGAUCCGGGAGAUGAUGGACACCAAGGGGACAGAUCAGGGUCCCGUCAAGGACAAGGAAGCGUCCAAGAAGAAGUCUGCAAAGGAAAAGAGCGGCCUUGAGGUCACACCAGCAGAAGACAAAGCUGCCUACGUCAAGUACCUAGACCCAGAGGGCCUUGCCGUGGGAACCCUCAUGGCCACCUCAAAGAAGAAACGCCGGGAGAUCAUCGAGCAUGCCUACAAUCGCUACUCCUACGGUGAGGAGUCCCUGCCGUCUUGGUUCAAAGAAGAGGAGGUCAAACACACCAGGAAACAGUUGCCUGUUACCAAGGAAAUGGUCGCCGAGUACCGCGCCCGGCUCAAGGACAUCAACGCCCGGCCGAUCAAGAAGAUCGCCGAAGCUAAGGCACGCAAGCGACAACGAUCCCUGAAGAAGAUGGAGAAGCUUCGCAAGAAAGCUGAAGCCAUCAACGAUACAGUUGACAUCUCGGAAAAGGAGAAGCUAAACCAAAUUAAACAGCUGUACAAAAAGGUCAACAAGAAGAAGCCCAAGGAGGUGACCUACGUCGUGGCUAAGAAGGCCCACGCCGCCAAGCGGGUCAAGCGCCCUCGCGGGGUGAAGGGGCCCUACAAGGUGGUGGACAAGCGCAUGAAGAAGGACGUGCGAGCCAUGAAGCGGGUGGAGGAGCGACGGAAAAAGGGCAAGAGGAGAUGAGGUCGCAAAAGAGGCUUGACAAAAAGCUUGACAGACUGCAACAAGCCUCGUCCGGAUGGGCUGUGCACGUAUUCCUUCGCUAGCCACUGAAUACUGAAUACAAAAACAGUGCUGGCUGGCCAUUCAGAACGAAUACACAUAGAUUUAAAUUGUACUGCGCGCAUAAAUGGUACUUCAGACGUGGUGCACACUACCUGUGGUGGUGUGAACUCGUUACUGCGCUGUCAGAUACACCUUUCUUAAGAUUAAAGUGCCUGUAACAUCUGAGGUUUUGUUUUUGGCCAGAAAACUUGGACGUUGUGUUAUAAAAAGGACGACUGAGGAAUGCUCAUCAUCAAUUGGGCAGAAGGAUCAAUUGAUUCUACAAACAAAACUUCACAAUGGAAACAACUGCUUGGCUCAUUAAACCCACUGACUACGAUCCAUUUCAAAUGUCUAAAAUAGGUGGAUAUUUGAAUUGCAUAAAAAACAGGAUAAGAUCUUGUAAGGCAUGGUGGGAACCAGCAAGCCAUACCUAUAGGAACAGAGUUGGUAAUAUCCAAUUUUACAGCCUGUCACACAAUAUGGUAUCAUAAAGCUCCUUGGCCCUUUUGAAGGCAAAAGGUCAUUCACUUCCAGGUUCACUAUAGAUCCUAAACCACCGAGGUGCUCUGAAUUCCCCAAAUCCAUCAGAACGUUCUGCAGAGACUCUAAGUGUGAACGUUGUGAGGACCAAAGUGCUAAAACCCGACGUGACCACAGAAUGUUUAACUCGAGGUACAUGUAUAGUGACAAUGACAUGCCUGCAGCAUGAGGUAAUCUUUACUUUUUAUUUCUUCGCAGCGUCGAGAAUGUUUGGUUUUGUGGCACGGAUUUGUAGUACAUUCUGUCAAUACAUUCUGGUUGGUCUUUAAGUAAAAACCAAAAAAUCAAUUAUCCCGUUAUUGUUACAAAAAUAAAUCACUGUACUGUAUAUUGUGUACAGAAUUUGUUGUGGACGGCCAUUGACUGUCCCCAGUAAUAAAAAAGACUGAAGAUUGGCCUAUUGAAAAUGUAUCCAGAAA